AUGGGAGGAGCAAGUUCAUACAUUGCGAUGCUUUGCAUCGCCGGCUUUUUGGGUGCUACAUGGACGGCUUCGAAAGUAUCAAAGGUGCUUGGCAUUUCAGACAUUGUCCUCGUUAUCACUACUGGUGUCCUUCUUGGCCCUGACAUCAUCGGGCUCAUCAGCAAGGAGUACACUGUUUGCUCACAAGCAAGGCACCAUGACUGCGAUGUCCCCGACCUAGAGUACAAGGUAGCAAAUGGAAUGCCACUUGGAGAGCACUUGGGGAAGAUCCAGCACAUGGGGCUUUGCAACCCAGAAGAUUACCAUCACGAAGAGCAUGCUGCGCACUCCAACGCUACAGACCACGGUGAUGGAAGUCAUCAGAGCGGCCAUGACUCUACUGGUGAUCACGGCGAUCACGGCGAUCACGGCACAGCCACGGAGCACUCUGACGAGCACUCGGGAGAUCACACGGCCGCAAGUGGUGGAACCCAUGAUGACACGGCGGCUUCCCAUGGCGACCAUGCUGAUGCUGGAGAUGCUCAUCACGGUGAUGACCAUGCACAAACCCAUGAGGACUCUCAUGGCAACCACGGAAGUCAUCGACGUCUGUCUGGUGGCGGUGGGAACUACGCCUCGUACGAGGAGUGCCUCGUCAAGAGCUGCCAUUCAGAGAUCUCGCACGAGUGCCAGCUCACUCCAGAUGUCUUCACCCUCAUCGGACAUGCAGGAGUGGCUCUGAUGAUUUUUGAAAGUGGCAUGCACUUCGACUUUGAGAAAGCGAAGAUCGUGGGUGCCAAAGCCUGUCUAGUUGCCGUCUUGGGUACCGUUACACCCUUGGUGGCUGGUGCUAUUUUGACGAUGAUCUUGGGCUAUGGGUUCUUUCCUCAAGGAAUCUCAGCUGGUACCGCGUUGGCGCCAACAAGCGUUGGUAUUGCUUUGCGCCUUUUGGGUGAGGCAGGAGUUCUGCAAGAAAACUUCGGACAGGCAAUUAUCACUGCCGCUUUUGUUGAUGACAUCCUGUCCCUGGUCUUGUUCAACAUCCUGUUUUCUUUGGGUGGAGAGUUUGAUUUUGUCCAAGUGGUUGUGAACCCCGUCGUCGGCAUCGCUCUCAUGCUCAUCGCAAUGUACGCUGCAAUGGCGUUUUGGCCAAAGUUCAUCAAUGGAUGGCUGCUGCCCAAAGUGCCAGUGAAGGAGGGUGCCAAGGUGCCGCAAACCGAUGAGGUCCUUUUUCUUCUGAUGAUAGUUUUGCUCCUCACGUAUGCGACCAUCACGUACUUCCUUGGUACCCACCUGUGGGGUUGUUUCAUUGCUGGCAUGUCCUUUGCAUGCCUGGCUCCGCCGCACCAUGCCCACCAUGUUUGGGUCAAGCAGACCAAGCGUGUGACCUCUUGGAUGAUCAGGAUCUUCUUCGCAUGCACUGUAGCCUUCGCGAUCCCAGUUGCGAAGUUGCUCUCUAUCGACGCGUUUUGGAAGGGAGCCAUCAUGGGCGCGAUUCCUUGCAUCCUCACGAAAGUUUGCUGCGCUCCGUUCAUGGGAGAUGCCAAGUGGGUCAUCGGAUGGGCUAUGGUUGGUCGAGCAGAGUUUGCCUACUUGAUUGCGCAAAUGGCAGCAGCAGCGGGCAUGCUGUCUCAGGACAUGUUCUCUGUGGUCAUUUGGGCCUUGCUGUGGGCCACAAUCUUUGCACCGUUCGUUUUCCGAUAUGUGCUGAACAAGUAUGUGAGGGCGCAAGGCUUGGCUGACAGGGAGCCAAAUCCUGGCUAUGGUGAGGAUGAGGAUGGCUAUUCGAUUUCAGAACCCUCAGAGAGGGGAGACUUGGCCUCAGAUCAAGAAUACAAAUCCAAGAUGGAAGAACUCAAGGCUGACUGUGGCAGCGAUUGUCCGUGUGGAAUCAAAAAACGUGUAUGA